AUGUCUCUAAACUGCGGUCAGAUGUGGCUUCUGGCUCCUCGGGGCCUCGCGAGGGUCACGCUUGCCUGGUCACCCUGGGGCUGCUUAGGAAACCUCACGACUGGUCACCUUGCACUCCUCACACAGAAUUGCUACAAUCCCAAAGCGCUCGCCCCGCAGGGUCCAAAGGCCAGCGGUGACCAGCCUGUCGCCCAGCUCCUCCCCGCCAACCCUGCCUGCCGCCGCACCUGCCUGCCGCUGCAGGAAACAUUUCUGACACCCGUCCUCCAUCUUCCAGGACGGCAGCAAUGGCGCUAUGCGGCCUCACCAGGCCCACGAGGAGCAGCAGCGCUCGGCCCGUGGCAGCAGGAGGGCCCCUCUGUGGAGCGCCCAUGCCCGCCGUCUGCUCCGGGGUGGUUCAGUCGCUGCUUGUUGACAUCAACAUGGCAAUUGCACUCAUGUGGACUGGGACCGUGCGAGCUGCCGUGUGGGUUAGUCGGGUGCCAGGACAAUGAAAUACUCCAGCACGUGUGGCUGACGAAUUUGUUUCUACAGAAAUAA